AUGACCGUUGACUCUCUUCCAGUAGACGCUGAGCCGUUCGGAUUGACCUCAAGCAAAUAUCAUCAGAACUCCAGUUUUCUGCAUCCGGGAUCCAAGUAUCAUGAUGUGAAGAUUUCCGUUAAUCACUGGCAGCUCCGCGACCUUGUCUGCAAAAAUUCUCUGGUGCAAGACCAGGUUUUUUACCCCACAAGCGAAGACAUCAACGCGCUCGAUCUCGAAACGGGCCACACACAGAGGCAUGGUUCGUUUGAGUUUGCGCCACGGUGUAUUAAGGAACUGGAUGGGAUAUUUGUUGCCGGUGGAGUUCAAAACUCGGGCGGUCCGAUGGGAACGUCUCGCGGCCAGUUCGGAAUCAUGGUGUCGGAGACAGGGGUUACGCAGAAUCUCGGUGUCGGCAGUUUGAUCAACAAUUGUGUUUCAAUCGACAAACAGUCCAAUGCGAAGUACGUUUCGCUCAUAUGCAACAAUGACCAGUAUCUAUAUUGGGCCGAUAUCACGCCUUCUGGUGCUGUCACCACUGACAUGUCUGCCAACCUGGGCAUUCCACUCAAUCAUGCUUCGUUGUCCCCUGAUCAGAAGACGAUCGUCGCUUGUGGUGACAACUCUGACUUCUUUGUGCUGCAUCCGGAAGAGCUCCAUACUGGUGCUCGCCAACAAAUUUGCACUACCUUUGAUAAUGGCUUUUCCACUUCUUUCCACCCAAACGGGCUUGUGUUUGCAACAACAUUCCAGGAAGGUGUGGCGCUUGUUUACGACAUUCGGAAUAUUUCACAGCCGAUUCAUACGGUGUGGUCUACGCGGAGAAACGCUCAAAAUGGUGCCUUCAGAUGCUGCAAAUUCGCUGGUGGAACUGACGAUCUACUAUUCAUCUCUGAGCAUGUUGGUCGCGUUCACAUGGUGGACACCCGGGAUUUUGCCAACCACCAGGUGAUUAUGUUGCCGCAGCUUUUAAGAGGAAGUUCGCCUCUUUCCCAGCAAGGAAAAGAUGUCUACAAUGAAUCGUUGAUUCGACCAUUUGGCGAAGUUGUGGCAGAUUUCAACCAUUACACUAGGCAAACCGACGAUUUUGGACCCUCUAGAUCACGCUGGGGGGCUCGUCACUCAAUUUUGAACCAGGAACAACGCGUGAACAGACUUAUCACAGUUAGACUUCCGCCACGGGCUCAGCAGCAGGAUCCCGGGAGAUAUCGCACGCUAGCGCAGAGCCAAAGCCAGACGGCACCGGAUCAACGAGAGCCUUUCUCACACAUCACGGACAGAAAUCCGAACGCGUUCUUUGAGCUCUGUGACACAGAGCUGUCGGGUUUGGAGUGGCUGGAGACUCGCAGAGGCAGUUCUCUUGCUAUUGGCUGUUCUAAGGGGGUUAUCAAGUGGGACAUUGCUUGCUGGGGCCGGAAGUGUUUCCCUAGUUUUGGAGUCUGUUAA